CCGACCUGCCGUCCGAUAUCUGGAGUGUCUUCUUCGCCACGAUGACGCGAGCACUCGUUUCCGCAGCCCUGCUGCUCUGUGCCACGGUUGCCUUGGCACAGACCUUCACCGUUCUCCAGGGUAGCAAGGCAUACACAGCCUUGUUCAGACAGAGCCUCAACCCGCUGAUGAGGCAAAACUACUGUCCUUACUGCGAUUCCUCCGUGUACGGCUACUGUUCGGACAAACUUCUGCAUGACGCGUGCUGCUGCAUCGGCGGCGGUCCUCCAUUUGGUGUCCGAUCAGGCCGUCAGCAUCAUUUGCCGCCCGAGUGUCGUUACGCCGAUUGCAGUUUUCUGCACGCGAACACUUGCCAGGAGCACAGUUUGAUCACCAGGUGUUGUUGCAGCAAUUUCGUCAAAUAAACGAAAACGCAGGAUCAACACAAAUUAAACGAAGAAUGAUCGAUGGAAAAAGAUUUUACUGACUGUGAGGAGAAAAGAGCGAACUGGAGUGCUGGACCAAUCAGAAGAUUUUAAUUUAUAUUUAAAUUAUUGAAUAAACCUUACGAUGUUGUACCAAGAUGUGAUGUGUUGGAAAA